AUGAACGUAUUGGGAUCUCCAGUUCCAAAUCCGCCUCAACCUAUUCCUUUCAAUAUUGACUUGGUCGAAACUCUAUUAUUCUUCAGCUCCGUUGUAUAUUAUCGUGGAAACCCGAAUUACAAUAAAAUGACUGAUACGACGAAGUCAACAAUAAUAGAACGCCGAAACGACGCAGAAAAGACAAUUGUUGAAAUAAUUC